CGCACUCCACGCCGCCUCACUCUCCGGAGCGGCCGCGGCGCGGGGCGUCCCGGCCGGCCUCGGUCUCGGCCGUCCGGGCAGCCAUGGAGGCCGCGGCACGGAGGCGGCAGCUCCCCGGAGCGGCGGGCGGUCCAGGCACGCAGCCCGGAACUUUCUUCCUGCAGGCCAGGCACAGCUCAUUCAAGGCGGACGAGGCUGAUCGCACGGCUCCCUUCCACUUCGACCUCUGGUUCUACUUCACACUGCAGAACUGGGUUCUGGACUUCGGCCGCCCCAUUGCCAUGCUCGUGUUCCCACUCCAGUGGUUCCCUCUCAACAAGCCCAGUGUCGGAGACUACUUCCACAUGGCCUACAACAUCAUCACCCCCUUUCUCCUGCUCAAGCUCAUCGAGCGGUCCCCCCGCACGCUGCCGCGCUCGGUGCUCUACAUCAGCAUCAUCACCUUCAUCAUGGGCGCCAGCAUCCACCUGGUGGGCGACUCCGUCAACCACCGCCUGCUCUUCAGCGGCUACCAGCACCACCUGUCGGUCCGCGAGAACCCCAUCAUCAAGAACCUCAAGCCGGAGACGCUGAUCGACUCCUUUGAGCUGCUCUACUACUAUGACGAGUACCUGGGUCACUGCCUGUGGUACAUCCCCUUCUUCCUCAUCCUCUUCAUGUACUUCAGCGGCUGCUUCACGGCCUCGCGAGAGCAGAGCGCCAUGCCGGGGCCGGCCCUGCUCCUGGUGGCGCCCAGCGGCCUCUACUACUGGUACCUGGUCACCGAGGGCCAGAUCUUCAUCCUCUUCAUCUUCACCUUCUUCGCCAUGCUGGCGCUCGUCCUGCACCAGAAGCGCAGGCGCCUCUUCCUGGACAGCAACGGCUUCUUCCUCCUCGGCUCCUUCACCGUCACCCUCUCGCUGGUGGCCGUCUGGGUGGCCUGGCUGUGGAAUGACCCCGUGCUCAGGAAGAAGUACCCGGGCGUCAUCUAUGUCCCCGAGCCCUGGGCCUUCUACACGCUCCACGUCAGCAGUCGGCCCUGAGCCGCCAGGCCGGCCUCCGCUCCACGGCCGCGCGGGUGUGCGCGUGUGC